AUGAAGCUGGAGCCCUACCAGAUGCUGGUGAGGGAGGUCCACCGGCGGGUGCUGAUCGAGUACGUCCGGCCGUUGAUGCGAGUGCGGAUCAUCUGCACUUCUUCCAAGAUGAGAGCCAAAGUGGCCCAGAGACUCCGGAGCGAGGCCAAGCAGCUGCAGGAGUUCUUCAUUCAGCUGGAAUCCUCCUCCUCCUGGCUGGACUCCGUGGUGCCCCACCUGGCUGGGAUCCUGGAGCUGGAAGACACGCCGGCCAUCCAGAUGGAAGUGGCUUUCCUGGCCAGGGCCUUUCCUGAUGUGCA